CGCUUGUCUUCCGUGACUUCGAAGGUCUCCAAUCGCUGCUAAACUGUCUGUGCAACAGACUGGUCAUGGUUAUGAGGCGGGUAACUUGGCAAGGGUUGUGGGCUCUACCGAACAACCACCAAUGUGGCCUGAAGAUGGCGCGCAUGGCCGCUCUUUCUGCAGGAGACGAGAGCCAGAAUUGAUAAUAGUACCAUUCGCUCCCGCAUGCCCCUAGGCCUUGACUCUUGUCGUACCCAGGAAAGUCUUGGUCUCCCUGCCAAACACCGACGAUUCGCUCUGGGAAAAGGAAGAACAAAGCAUUGAUCAACGUCUGGUCUUUUCCCACAAACAAUCCCAGCGACAGAUAGUGGUCGUGAUACGCGUAGUACGUGCGUUUCCACCACGAUAUGGCCUGCGCAGAACCUCCAAAGAAGGAUCCUGGUUUCCCCAUCAGCGAAGGUCCCUGAUCUUCCGUCCAUGACCGCAUGUCCGGAUGCGGCGCCCCCGUGAGCGGGAAAAAGAGUACAUCUUCUGCUGCCUCGCGUGUCAGACUUGCGCUCUCCGCCCAGAUCUCUUCCACUCUGCGGGGAUCUGGCCAGGAAGAGAAUCGGUGGUUUGACCGGAAACUGCCCGCGUCGUUCCAAAAUGCAUGCGAAUAUUGCUUGCCUGAGUGGCGCAGAGCUGUGUCCAAGAAAAACGGCUUGGCAUUCCAUACGGCAUACAGCUCGGGUGAAUGUCGAAAAGCCUCUCGAUCCAGGGCGUGCAUUUCUCGAUACCGAUCCCGCAGGCCCGCCAAUGGUGGGAUAUCGAAGGGGGAGGCGUACGUGGUGUCUAUGACAAUCGACAAGUUGCCCCGACACUUGCGGAUGAACGGCUCCAUCUCAGGGGCCGCAUAGAAGUAGACGUCGGUCGACACCCGCGACAAAAACUGGGUCAACCAGGCUUCGUAUUCGCGCAUGGUAUGCUUGGAUUUGGAUAAGGGGAAGAACGCAGAGACGAGGAGGAUAUUGGGCAGGCUCGCACUGCUGGCAUUCGAUGCAUUCUCGCCGUCCAGUAUCGCGACUUCGGAGACCAACGAUGGGACGCCCGUCGGCCACGAUGAGAGACAAACGAGGAGUAUGACGGAGAGGCCAAGCAAGAUGAAGAGUCUCCCAGUCGUAACAGGGAGUUGGGUGGGACGAGCGACCAUUGGUUUCGGGGCGUUUUCUGAUUGACAUUCAGCUUGAACGUUGCCUGGAGUCGAUGGGGAAAGCCUUACCCGUUUAAUUCUUCUGGCUUGUGGAUGGCAUGCAAUAAACACUCUGGAAAGGCGAGGCGGCACAUUUCAAUGGAGCUGCCGUGCUGCGCACACAGCCUCUCAAUUGGCUGAAACUGAACAUGCGAUCCUCGGAUGGGAGAGGGGGAGAGUCGUCAUUUACUCAGCUAGUUCACAUCAUAUGGAAUUACAUCAUUCGUUUGGACGCGCAGUGCGACCGCAUGAGCAUGUGAUCGUGUUUUUU